GAACAUCAAGGAAAUGAAAAAGAAGCCUCGCGGGACGUCUGACUUUCGUUUCGACACGAACAAUUCUAUUUUGGCGGUGCGUUGGAAUGAUAAUGCGGUCGUGACCUUAUUAUCGAAUUUCCUAAGCCAUACACCAAUGGUCCGCGCGAAACGGUAUGAUCGAAAGCAACGGAAAAUGGUUACUAUUGAGCAGCCGUAUUUGGUCAACGAAUACAAUCAUCUUAUGGGAGGUGUGGACCUUUUUGACAAUGCAAUGAAUAAUUAUCGAAUUCGGAUUCGGGGAAAAAAGUGGUAUUGCCCUUAAUAACAAAUGCGUUUCACGCGGCUAUGGU